AUGGGUAGGAGGGUGAUUACUAGGUAUUUUCCUGAGCUGCCAGCCUCACCUGCCCAGAUUGUCAUCCCAGUUCCUACCCCAACUGUCAGCUCAGUUUCUGACCUUCUGGUACCUUCCCCAACUUCCAGCCCAGUGUCUGAACUUCUCGUACCUACCCCAACUUUCAGCCCAGUGUCUGACAUUCUGGUACCUACCCCAACUGUCAGCCCAGUGUCUGACCUUCUGGUACCUACCCCAACUGUCAGCCUAGUGUCUGACCUUCUGGUACCUGCCCCGCCUGCCUCUCCGGUUCCUUCGAUCCGAGUGCCUUGUCCAUCUCUUUCUCCCAUGCCUGCCCCACCUGCCUCCCCGGUGCUAGCCCGGCCUACCAAUGCCAUACCACGGAGGCGUGUGUCGGAGAGGAUCUAG